GAAUAUUUAAUACCUGACCUGGUUAUUUUUGAUUAAGGAUUCGUGUGAACAAAAGUUUUGAAUUCUUGGCCGGUAAACCCUCGAUCAGGGAAUCUGAAAUUAACUCCCGGGUUCGCUGUGAACAUUUAGUGAGCAGUAGUUGUUUUGGUCAUAUUGAAAUAUACACUGAACAUUUAUUUCUUAUAACUCCUUUUAAAAACUAAAAAUCAAAGACAAGCCUUACAGGUCAAAAUUGGAUCAAAAAUUUCGUUACAUUUUUCAAUUAUUGCUCCCAUAAAUCUAUCGCAGGAAGAAUUAAUUGAAACAAAACAUGGUUAUUUUAACAACUGUGGUUUCUGGAGUCGUUUAUUAAAUAAAAUAGAAACACCAAUACUGUAAUGCCACUUUGCUAAAUAUAAUUGUGGAGCACACAGCGUUCUUGUCAGCUCGCUAUUUUGAAUCCAUGCUUGCUCACCAGAGGAGGCUUGAGUUUCUAAUGAGGAAUUGCAACGAGUUCCCAGAGCGAUCAGCGUCACGGGUGAUGACAGAGUGAAAACAAAAUCUCUCGAUCCUGUUUGUAAUUGUUAUUCACAGCGACGUGGCAGGAGAUGAAUGAAAAGUUAUGUGGGGCAGAACUAAUUGUAUACACAGGAAAUGGCACCGCAGUUUACCAGUUCCUUAAUCCUGGAGACACCCACUUACACCUCGGGCAGGGCAUUUUAUUUCUUCAAAAUAAGUCGAUCCCGGCCUUGGUCCAUUAGUGGUCGGAGAAGGGACAUGAUAUGAAAUCAAACAGGCUGGCGGGAGCAGUGGACCGCACACACCUCGACAUUUCAGCGGCGGCCGCAGGCCACUUGCUGCCCCCGGGCCGCGGCUCGAUCUUCCUGGGUUGCUCCCUGGACGCCUCUCCCAUGAGCGGUGCCGUUCCCGGAAGUAUUUGCGGAGGCUCCACGUCUGCCAGAUUUCCCCAGCCCGUCCUGCAGCUUCGGGGCAGCCUGCUGCACUCAACCCAGAUCAGGAUUUACCGACCGACUCUUUGUCUGUGAAUUGCUUUUGUGUUCAUUUCAAAGUCUUAAACUGCGAGUUACAUAACUCUAGUUUAUCCAAUAUGAACAUAAUCGCGAUUAACUCAAUGUGAAAUUUAAAUGGAAACUACAUAUUGAUGGAAGUGGGGAUGAUGUCCAGUUUGUUUCUGAUAUCCCCUCGCAAGAAGAUGAGGCAAUCCCACUGGCAACUCUGUUUGGGGUGGUUACUGAUCCUGGUAAGUGAUGCUCAACAGGGAUGUAGUAGGUAUGGAGACAUACUGUCCAAAGCGUAGUCUUUCCACGGUUCUGAGGUAUAUUCAAUUAAUUGGUCUGGAAUUUUCGGUAAGCACAAGAGUGAAACAUUCCUGUUCAUUAUCCCUCGCAAAAUUACAGCACCUUCUGCAUCCGCACAUGUAACUGGGCAAAUUCAGAAGUCACUUCUCCCUGUUCCAACUCUCUUCACUUGCUGCAGACACCUGUUGAGUAUUUUCCAGUUUGCACAAUCAUCUCACUGCGAAAAAAUAGUUGAAGACGGGUUUUGCUUUUGACCAAAGCGGCAGCUCAUUCUGGGAACCCCCGACGCAUAGCGGCCGAUGGACCAUUCCAGCAGACGCUGCCCGUUCCCCGAUCGGAUACUUUUAUUUCUUUCACACGAUGUGGGCGCCCCUGGUUAGGGGGCCAGUCUUGGAUGCCCAUCCCCGAUUGCCCUUGAGAAUGGGGCUGAUGCCAGGAUCUUUACACAGUGCAAUUACAACACGAACUACAUCAAUUUUGAAAUCUUCAACAGACAGACAUCGCAAUGAUUUCAUUAGAUUUAUUAAUGCAUCUGACAUGGUAGCAGCUAACUACAAACUUUCCAUUGAUUAUUUGUGCUCUGAGCCAAGUACUAUUAGAGUUGAGGUGAUAGUUUCAACCAGUAUUAAAACUGGAGUUGUCAUUUACAAGAAAAAAUGGAAAUGUGAAAAACGUCUUAAUAUCUUGAGAAAUCGGACUCUGUGGGUGAAAUUUCCAAACAUUAUGUUAUACAGACCUGAUUAUGUGCUUCGACGUUCUAUUGUCAUAAACAAUGUAAUGUUAAGAGCAUGGAUUAUAAAUAAUGGAUUUGAAGCUCGUGAGAAUCACAAUCUGUUUGUUUAUGAACAAGCUACAACUAGAACCUACAAGUUACUGAAGACAUUAAGUUCUUUUGAAAGGCCUUUUAAAGAUCAUAAAGAAUGCCUUCAGUGGGACACAGAGAAGAUACGGGCAAUAAAAGAAAGGAAAGUACUCCAGUGUUUGCUUGAUAAUGAUGUUGUUGAACUACUUCGUUUUCCUUUUGCAUCAUCUGGUUCAAAUUUUGGCAUAGUAAGGAAACUAAAAACAUUUAAUAACUUUGAAAUGGAAAUGACAAGUAAAGACCUUCUUAAUAAUCCAAGGUUCACUGUGUCCAUUUGGCUUUUUCUGCUUCAUGAUUGUAAAUGGCCCCUCUGUGGGAUCUUCCAUCACAUCAAUGACAAACAGAUCUAUGCCACCCCAUUGCUGUUUCUUACUCAAGAUGGUCAUAUUCACUUUCAGAUGAUGCUGUCCUCAGGAACAUAUGUUGCAGGAAAGUCAAAUUUCAAAUUGUCAUUGAGACGAUGGUGUCGAUUGGAUUUCACCUUACAAGACAGAAGAAUGACUUUGUCAGUCAGCUAUGGCGAAAAUCUGCAAGGCAGAGAAGAUGCAGUUUAUAACUAUCCUGAAGAUGUUCAUCAUAACGAUUCAGUUGGGUACUUUGUCCUUGGAGGCAGCAAUCAUGUCCGAGGUUUUGAAGGAUUCAUUGGCCCUGUGAAGUUAUACCGACUGGUAGGCCUAACAGUCCAAAAGAUUUCAAAUCCUCUUGUAACUAAUCACGAAAUCCAUAAACAUAUUGAACAGUACUAUCAGAAAUGCAACUAUCUCACUACACUUAUCAUGAAAUAUUUCCACAGCCUUGGAUUGCACAAAAAGUUACAACAUUUGAAUCAGAACAACAAUUAUUAUUUAGAUUUGGUCACAAAAUAUGGACCGAAAAACUAUGAUGAAGAAAAAUGUGCAGCACACACCUGGGGGAAAAGAACUGAGAAGAAAUACGAGGCUUUAUUUGAUCUGCUUCAGACAAUGGCAUUAGAGCCAAUUUUAGACUUCGCUCAUUCACCAAACCUACAAUCUACACUCAUUAAAGUUGGUGAGAAACUUUUUCAGAAGACAGUGGAGAGUCUUGUUCGUCCAGACAGUGCCCAGCAUAUUGGCCACCUGAUCGCUUCACUCAUGAAGGCUAGCUGCUGUGGUUACUACAGGGCAGCCUAUUUCUUGGCUGUCAUUUUUGAGACCGGUCUAACUGUGGAAAUACAACCCUUACAGGGCAUGCUGUACAGUCUGGUUGCUGCACAAGGAAAUGAAAGACUUGCCUUAAUGCAUCUUGGAUAUAAGCAUGAUCAAGGUAUUGAUGGUUACCCCUUGGACUACGAUAUGUCAUAUGGUUACUACUCAAACAUUGCACAACAGACUGUUCGUGAUCGGGAUAUAUUUGAUGGAGAACAGGCUUUUGUUGAAACAAUAAGACUAAUGGAUGAUUCAGCUUUACAGAGUCAAACUAAAGAAAAUGAUGACCUCUUUUUAUGGCUCAGGUAUCAGGCAAAUCGUGGGGAUGUAUUUGCUCAGCAAAAACUUGCGAGAAUGCUUUACUGGGGACAACAGGGUGUCACACGUGACGUGAAAGCUGCUUUGGAAUGGUAUUCUAAAAGUGCAGAAGAGACAAGAGACCCAUUGUCAAUGUAUGAGUAUGGACUUUUUCUUUUCAAGGGCAAAGGAGUGAAAAAGGAUGUAAAAUUGGGCUUAAAACUAAUCAAUGAAGCUGCUUCUAAGGGAUCACAUGAAGCAAUGAAUGGUUUGGGAUGGUAUUAUGAAACCUUUAAGAAGGACUAUGUGAAAGCUGUGGAGUACUGGGAGCAAGCAAUGAAAAUGGGAAAUCUGGAUGCAUUACAUAAUCUUGGAGUGAUGUAUGAAAGUGGACUAUACCCAGGCAAACCUGUAAAAAAUGAGACAGAAGCAUUUCAGUAUUACUAUAAAGCUGGAUCUGGUGGACACUUUGAAAGUGUAGUUCGCUGCUCCUUUUAUUGGAGUACAGGAAACUUUGAAUCUAUUCCACAUAACCCCAGAAUGGCAGUCCUUUGGACCAGAUUUGUUGCUGAAAACAAUGGAUUUUUGGGUUAUUUCAUGAGAAAAGCUAUGGAUGCCUAUCUUCAGAAAUCCUGGAAUGAAGCCUUGCUGUAUUUCCUUGUGACAGCAGAAACAGGAAUUGAAACGUCACAGACAAAUGUUGCUUAUUUCUGUGAACAACACCCUGAUCUCACAAAUAGCAGUGAUGAAUAUAUAUGGAGAUAUUAUAAUUUAUCUGCAUUUCAACUGACCACACAUCCUUUUGUUUUAAUAAAAAUGGGAGAUUACUACUAUUAUGGUCACAACAACCAUAAAAAAGACAUCACACAAGCAAUUGAGAUGUACACCUCUGCUGCUUUAUUGAAAUGUUCCCAAGCAUUUUAUAAUUUGGGUUCACUGGUAGAGGAGGGAAUUAAUAUACCAGAAAAAAGUUUAGACCUUCUAAACAUUCGAGCAGCAAAUCAUUCCAAAAACUCCUCAAUCCUGCUGGAAUUAUAUGGAAGGUGUAUGACCGUAGAUAUGGAAGAGGGUUUUGUCCCAUGUUCUAUAGCUUUGCUUUGUAUUCACCUGAAAACUAUAUGGAGGAAUAGCUGCUCUGCUGCUCUUUUAUAUACUGCAGGCUCAGUACUCCUAUCAACUUUGAUUGUUUUUGCUGUUAAGCGUUACUGGGACACAAAAGAAAUUGUUCCCACCACGGGUACAAAUGAACAUAUUCCAGCUAUGAAUUCUUUGAGUCAAAAUAUUCAGUCAGAUGAGACUGUAUCAGAAGAAACAUCGUUACCUUUAACUGCACCAGAGUAUCGCGAUCCGAAUGAGGCUGAUUGACAGAGUAACAGCAACGAAGGCGGAUUAAUUUGUUCAUGUUGAAAAAAAAUUCCUUUGUAAUUACUUAAAUCAUUCCUUAUUAGGAAUAUUUCUAUAUAUUGCAGAGUGACAUGAUAUCUGUAGUGAGGAAACAGGCCAUUUAGCCCAGUUGGUCGAUAUCAAUAUUUAUGCUUCACACAAUCUACAGUCCAUCCUCUUUUAUCUGCCUGGAAGCAUAGCUUUCUACUCAUUUUUCCCCUCAUAUAAUUAUGCAGCAUCCUCCAAAUAUAUCUUUGCUAUUUGCCUCAAUUGCUCCAUUUGGUAGCAUGUUUUAGUUUCUAUUCACUCUUUUGGUAAAGAGGUUUUUUAGAAUUAUUUGUUGGAUUUAUUGAUGAUUAUCUCAUAUUUAUGACUCUAAGUUUUGGAUCCCUGCACAAUUGGAAACACAGUCUCUGCAUCAUCCCCAUUAAAUCCCUUCCUUAAUUCCAAACUCUACCAGGUUACCCCAAGCCUUAAGAGCCCCAAUGUACCUCGUCUUUCCCAACAAUUACAACUUCUCAGUUCUGGGAUAUU